AAAAUUUCCUGACUGCAUGCAACUAACGCCUCGAUUAUUCUUGUUCUCCUCCCGUUUUCCAACAGCUCGUCGUUCCUUUAACUUCAAUUCAAAAAUCCAUUCAUGCUCAUCUCAGCAUUCAGAUAAAAGGGCAAGCGACAAGCUCUUCGCCGAUGCCGCUCGAGAGGAGGCUGGACGAGGGACGACCGUUAGACAACAAUCGGGGCAGCUCACCUUCCUAGAGAAUCAAGAAGAAAAUUGGACUGGGGAAGAACGCAUGCAAGAUGCUGUUCUCAGGAUGCUUGUAGACAAAUACAAACCUCUGAGAAGCGGCACGAUCCGUACUGCAGAAGAGAAGAUAAAACUUACCCCUCCCAAAGUCGGAUUGUCCACUUCAGAAGGCUUGCAAAAGGCACUGAUGCCCUCUACUUCGUCACAAGUAUCUCUUCGGCCUUCGCAAACCGGUUCCUGGGCUUCAGAGCCACUUUUACCGUCGUCCAACAGUCACCGUCCGUGGCACACCGAGUUUAAAGUACCGACUCAUGUCGUUUCGUCGGUCAAACUCGCCAAUAUCCCACCACCUCAGCCCGCACGUCCGACUUCAUCUAGUACGAAAGAUGAACGUGCUUUACGGCAGGAAAAAGAGCGUCUCAAGCGGACUGAGCAAGCGGGUAGGCUGGGCAAGGCUAGAGAAUCUAUCUUGGAUUAUCGGCUCGGAAUCAAGGGCGCUGGCUCUCUGGCUCAAGAAAUUGGCGGUGGACGGCCAAAUCCAGCCAGUCUUAAAGGGUGGGCUGGUUUGAUAGAGGAUAGGAUUGAGAGAGCCCGAGCAGCUGGGGCUUUCGCCUUCGUCAAAGGCAGAGGAAAGCCUCUCGUCCGCACCGUUGAAGAAAGUAACCCAUUCAUAGCACGGGAGGAGUUUCUCAUGAAUCGUAUUGUUCAGAAAAACGGAGCCGCCCCUCCUUGGGUCGAACUACAAGCAGAACUGGACAACGCUGUCGCUGUCUUUCGAGAUCUCCUUCGCCAGUCAUGGAUUCGACGAGUGAUCCGAAACCUCACCACAGACCACCCACCUCAGGUCUUCCGCAACUUCACUCUUACUGAUCUCAAAUCUUAUCGAGACAAGGCAUGGGAGCAACGUGAAAUGUCGUACCACGAUGCUGCCAUCGAAGAAGUCAACGCUCUUGUGAGGAAGUACAACGGCCUCGCUCCUUAUUCAGUACGACGGCCGUAUUAUAUACGGAGCGUGGAGAUGGCGAGGAUAUACGAGGAAACUGCGGAAGAUAUUUUGCGCGGCCUGAAGGAACGGCUGUCGAACGUGACUGGGACAGGAAACCAGACGUCACUCAAAAUGAAAGGGAAUCAACACCGUGCUGAUCUGGAUGAUAUUGACGAGGGGUUCAUGAGUAUAAGGGAGCUCUUUUUGGGCUGGUUCCGCAAGGUUUUGGGGAGGUCGCGAAUGUGAUAACGGGAAUUGAAUAAUCUUUUCCUGCGUUCAUAUCGUUUCUCAUCAUACAUGUGUAGAACGCCUGUUUUUCUCAAUAGCUUUCUUGUAGUUCUGUAUCAGAAAUGUAUUGUGUACUGGCCCACCCAUUCGCCAACGCGAAUAUUGACAAGAAACUAUCGUC